AUGAAACCGCCGGCCUCUCAAACUCUUGCCCCGGCUAAAUCCGGUGGCGUUAAAGGGAGUAAGGGGCCGACUCAGUCGGGAGCGGAAACGGCUACUCCUCCCAAACUUAAGUUGGGGAAGCCGCCCCGCUCAGCGGCGGUUCUCUCUGCCCCAGAAGGGGCAGCUACGGGUUUUCUGGGAAAUGUUCUCCAAUAUGUCCGAAGCAAAGUGGCCAUAGAGCCCUUCGGUAUUACGGACCUCCGCGCAAGGAGAGCUCUCACCGGGGUCUUAAUUCUCGAGGUUCCCAAUGCAGACAGCGAGACCAGGGCAGAGAAGCUCUAUGAAGCUAUGCUGCCCCUGGUCACGGAAAAAGGAGCAAGACUCGCGAGGCCUAUCAAAACCGUAGACAUACGGGUCCGCGGUCUCGACGAGUUAAUCUCCCCUAAUGAGGUGAGGGAUGCGGUGGCAUCCAUCGGGGGCUGUCGACCGACCGACGUAAAGGUCGGCCAAGCACAUGCCUCCCCCGGUGAACUGUCCACAAUGUAG